AUGGAGGAUGAAAGAGAAAUAAGGGCACCUUCUCCGGACCCUGAUAGCCAAUCAAUUUUACAAACUACUCCACACUCCAUAGCAACCCAGGCAGAUUUAGCAGGAGUGUACCAGUUAAUAGCACAACUGCUUGAGCAACAGCAGCAGAUGCAGUUAGCUGCCCAACCUGUACAGUCGAUAGAAUCCUAUUACGAGAGGUUUCGUAGGCUGAAUCCACCGAUGUUUAAUGGUGGGUCCGAUCCCAUGAUAGCUGAGGCCUGGAUCCGGGAACUGGAGAAGAUGUAUGAGUUACUCCAAUUUCCCGAGGAGGUAAAAGUCAAAUUAGCUAUCUCCAUGCUAAGGGGGAGUGCUGACUCUUGGUGGACUGCUAUGGAGACAGCAUAUGAGGUCAACGGAACGGCCUGGGGAGAUUUUAAGAGAAUAUUUUAUGCUAAGUACUUUUCGGACUCAGUUAGGCAAAUGAAGCAGAAUGAGUUUUUAUCGCUGACUCAGUCCGAGCAUAUGACUGUUUCGGAUUACGUCAAUAGGUUCGAUGAGCUGGGUCGAUUCUGCCCCCAGUUUAUGGAGGAUGAUAUGAGUAGAGCCAACCGGUUCGAAUAA